AUGACUGUCAAGCGAACACUUGAUAUCACGACUUACAAAGGCAACAUUAUAAAUGGCGAGUUCGUGGCAACGGCAGAGACUCGACGCGCAAUAGAUCCCGCCACCGAAGAACCGUUAUUUGCCGCCCCCCUCGCAACAAAAGAAGAUCUCGAUAAUGCAAUCAAGCACGCUCGCAAUGCCUUCAAGACGUGGUCGAAAACAACGUUUGAUGAGCGCUCCAAGCUCAUGCUCGCCUACGCCGAUGCGAUAGAGGCUCAUCGUGAAGAACUCGAGAAGCUCGAUACGUUGGAGUCUGGAAAGCCUCUCCUCGUCUCCAAGAGGGAGUUUGAUAACGUGCUGGAAUGGCUGCGGACCUUUGCCACCAUGGAGCUCAAGGACGAGGUCCUUGACGAGAACGACGAGCGCACCAUCUACGGAACGUACAACCCCGUGGGUGUCGUCGCCGCCAUUGUGCCCUGGAACUGGCCCGCCCUUCUCGGCCUGGGCAAGGUUGGACCUGCGCUGAUGACUGGAAACACCGUCAUCAUGAAGCCCUCGCCCUACACGCCUUACACAGACCUGAAGCUGGGCGAGUUGGCAAUGUCCAUCUACCCACCAGGCGUCUUUCAAGUCCUCAGCGGCGAUGAUGCCCUCGGCCCCUGGAUAACAGAGCACCCGGGCGUCGACGCCGUCACCUUCACCGGCUCGGUUCGCACCGGCAAGCUCGUUGCCGCAAGCUGCGCAAAGACAUUGAAGCGAUGCGUCCUCGAGCUAGGCGGCAACGACGCCCUCAUCGUCUGCCAGGACGUAGACAUCCCCAAGUGUCUGCCCAAGAUUGCCACGCUCUCGUUUAUCAAUGCGGGACAGAUUUGCAUGCUCGCGAAGCGCAUCUAUGUGCACGAAGCCAUAUACGACCAGUUCAAGGAGGCUCUGGUCCAGUUUACCAAGGAGCAUGUCAAGAAUGGCGGCGGACUAGAGCCUGGCGUCAUGGUCGGGCCAGUCCAGAAUAAGAUGCAGUAUGAACUUCUCAAGGACAUGUAUCAAGACGUCAAGGACUGCGGAUAUCAAGUCGCCCUCGGCGGAAGCAUCCCCAACUCAAACAAGGGCUACUUCGCCGAGCCCACCAUUGUCGACAACCCGCCCGACAACGCGCGCAUCGUCGUCGAAGAGCCCUUUGGCCCCAUCGUGCCGAUCCAGAAGUGGUCCUCAGACGACGAGGUCGUCGAGCGCGCAAACAGCCUCAGGCUCGGCUUGGGAGCGUCGGUCUGGGCCAAGGACCUAGUGCGUGCCGAGAAGAUGGGGCGCCAGCUCACGGCGGGAAGCGUCUGGAUAAACUCGCAUUUCGACGUGGCACCGGAUGUCCCGUUUGGAGGCACCAAAGAGAGCGGAAUUGGAAGAGAAUGGGGGUUGGAAGGGUUCAAGGAGUUUACAGACCGGACGAGUCUGUGGGUGUGGAAGAAGAUUUUCGACUAA